AUGGGUAUGAAAGAUAUAUUGCGGACUAUGGGAGCAUUCCGUGUUGACGAGUCGUCGAAGAUUAUUGUUGCUCUUUUGGAUUCUGGUGUGGAUUUCGAGCAUCCUUCCCUGGAAGGAUCUAUCGCGAUCAAUGCAGCGGAGCGUGAGGGCAAAGCUGAAGUCGAUGAUGAUGACAAUGGCUUCAUCGAUGAUGUGCGCGGAUGGAAUUUCGUAAGUGAUGAUGGAAAUGUGAUGGACAAUAUUGGUCACGGGACGCACUGCGCUGGUUUGAUAGCGGCCAAUGGGAAGAGUGGCCUCAUCGGCACCGGCCUUUCCUAUGCUCGAGUGCUGCCUUUGAAAAUAUUCGAUAUCGGCAAUGGUGGAGUUGGUCGCCUUUCCGACGCCUUGAGGGCUGUCGACUACGCUAUAAGUCGGGGGAGUAGAGUCAGCAGCAUUGGUUGGAUCGCUGAGACUUAUUCGGAGAUCUUCCGUCAAGCUGUGCUGAGAGCUCAGAAUUAUGACCAUAUUUUUGUGGCGAGCGCUGGUAAUUCUGGUAUCGACCUCGACGAUGUGGGUGGCAGCUAUCCCUGUGGAUUUGCCGCGCCCAACGUACUCUGCAUCGGAGCGCACGGACCAGAUAGGAAUCUCACACCGACUUCUAAUUUCGGCCGAGUCGUCGACGUAUCGGCACCGGGAGAAUUCGUCGUGUCGUCUUCAAUUGAUGGCGGAUCUGACACGAUGGCCGGGACGAGCGUUGCCGCAGCGCAGGUCGCGGGAGUGGCUGCGAUGCUGAUCGGAGUCCGCCGUCCUUUUCCACUAUAUUUCGACGAAGUUUCCGCGGCCAUCAUCACUUCCACACAACCCUGCGCGGGCACGGCGUUUGGCUGCGUUGACGUUGGUAGGGUUCUCGAGGCCGUGACUGGAAAGAAUAUACUGAGCAAGGCGCUCUAUGUCGCUACUGGUCAUCCGAGGAAGGCUAUCAGUCGUAUAAGGUUGAGACCACAUCAGUCCAAGGCCCUCGCUGUGGUCUUAUCCGGAAUGCCAGCUCCUAUCGGCUACAAGGAGUACGAUAUUCAGGGCACUAUCGGUGGUGGUCUCGUUGCUAUCUCUAUCGGUGUCCGAUCGAGUGGUCACUCCUCCACGGACGAUGAUGGGGUGAAAUGCGAAGCCUCGAACAACGGGACGGUGGACUUCGGACGAGUUAUGGUCGGACAAGAAAGUGGAGCGGAGUUUGUUCUGCACAAUGGUGGCGAUGUGGAAGUGUUGGUGGACCCCAACAGGCUGCUCGGAUGGGCGCCGCUACUGAGAGUCGAUCAUCCUACGUCGGCCGUACCUCUGUCCGUUGGGGACUCCGUAAAGAUCAUCAUCACUUAUGUGGCUCGCAAGGUUGGACACCAGCGAUUCCGUAUGGACUCACUGGCGGCUGGAUGCGAUCCAAUAGAAGUAGUCGCCGACACGGUCCCGAACCCGCUGGUCGUGCACGAGGGUUCGACGGUCAUUUCCGUUCCAGCUGGCUCGAGGUCUAUCGCGACGUUGGUGAAUAUCACUAAUCCUUCGAAGCAUACCAUCCAUCGGGCAUCUCUUAGACCGCGAGGAAGGUUCUAUAUAUUUGAGGCUAUCUCGGUUGAGGACGUAGAGUUCCCUUUGACGUCCCUGGGCGGGGGAUGGAGACCUGAUAUGGAUUCCGCUGCGACUGAGGUGGACUGUGAUGCUCAGCAACCAACGGUGGUUGAACUGAAUCGUACGGCAAUUUUUGACGGCACCGUAUUUCGUAGAGGAUCAUACAUGCUAGAGCGUUGA